AUCAUACAUCGCAGUCAUGUAUCCGCUCGCCACUCUCCUCUUCCUGGCUACUUUUGCCUUCGCCGUCCCGGCUCCCAUUCCUGAUGACCCAGCGCCUGAACCAAGCUCGGUAACGCAUUUGUACCUUUGCGUCGACUCGUCGUUCAAAGGACAAUGUACCAAUAUGCAUUUGGAUACAUCUACGUGCCAUAACCUCGACCAAACCUGGAACGACAAGGUGUCUUCUGCAGGACCGGACAAGGGCACAUUCUGCACUUUGUACUCCGAGACUGAAUGCCGCGGCAAAGCGCUGCCAUUCACUUAUCCUGGGAUCCGGAACUUGACUCGUUACAAGUUCGAUAAUGUGUUGAGUUCUGUGCGGUGCGACUUCAUCGAGGGGUUCAAUGAUCACCCUUGAUGGAGGAAGGCAUGGGUUGUGGAGGAAUUACUUGUUGCGGUGGGAACGGUAGAGCUCAAGAAUGGGAACGAAGCGUAGAAGAGUAAUGAGUUGCACGUUGAAUAAUCACAUGCAUAAAUAUUUUACCAAACGAAUACCAAAGCCUGCCAGGCGCCGGAAACGCCAAUCCGUGUGAAGUACAGGUAUAUGACCGCGUCCAUGCAUCGUAAAUCAGAAGUCAAA